AUGACGAUGCAUCUUCAUCACGGUGCCAGAUCCCCGUCUCGUCCCUUUCAACAGCAACAGCAACAGCCAUCGUCUCCGGCAUCGUCCGUCGCCGCCCUCCAAGGCGCCUCGCUGGCCUUCCACAAGAAGCAACCGUCGACCGACACGAGCACGGGUAAUACAGCCAGAUGGCUCCCGCAGCCGGCGCAGCCCCUCAGCGCCGACAGUACCGGAGGCCGCAGCUCCUCGUCUGCUGCCCUCUCAGUGGACGGGAACGGUAGCGACCUCGUGGCCACGCGCCUCCAGCAGCUGGGCCAUCUGCAGUAUCAGCAGACGACCGCUGCACCGACCACCGUCGACCCCAAGAGUACCAGCUUCAUCGCUGCUACGCUCGCCGCGAGUCGGAGCGCCAGCCCGAACGCCCGAGCGACGACGAACAACAACAGGCGCAGCCCCGAUGCUACCAGCGUCAUGAGCGCCGCCGCAGAUAACUCUGCAAAUCGUGCGGUGCCAUCCCCAUCGGCCGGGUCGCUCAUCUCCAUGUGGGAGACGGACGGCCGUGCGAAUAAGAGCGAAAUGCCGCAGUCGCCUGGGAACAGGAGCGUAUCUCCUGCGGCGGCCAGGCCGGCCAAGCCCCCUAAACCGGCUGUUACGGCUGCUGUCCCGGACACGCAGCAGGAACAGCAGCAGGAACAGCAACAGAAACCGAAACCGAAGCCAAAGAGCAUCCCAAGGAAACCAGAAAACAAGACCGUGGAAGCCAAAGAACCUUGCGCACCGAAGUCGCCGAGACGGGCCCCGACGACCCCGACUCAAGCUGGAGCAACGCCAAGUCAACAGUCUGCGCCAAAGGCGUUGGCCAGAACCGCAGCCGGCGAUCAGAAGCAGAAAAACGAGCAGCCCGGGCCUCCACCUCUACAAAGGCUGAUGCAGGAUCCUUCUGCCACAGCAGACAAGUCGGCUCUGCAACCUGUCAGCCCCCGGCCGAUGGGAUCUUCUACCACAGGCCAGAGCAGCAUUAAAUCCGCACCAGCAACACCGACGGCGACGUCGCCUUCACCUGGACGGAACAAACCGCACCUCCCUCCGCAGCACAUCCGAACAGUCAGUCGGCCGUCGAGCCAACUACCAGGCCAAGACAGAGGUGAUCCGCAAAAGAAGGACACACCCAAACAAAGUACAGUACAGCAGCAGCAGCAGAAGCAGCAGCAGAAGCAGCAGCAGCCACCGAUGCCGCCAAAGCCACGGCAGACCGGCUCGACAUCAGGGGCAGUCAAGAGGAAACCCACACCCACGGAAGCGUCGUCGGCACCGCCGCCGCUACCUCGGCGGACGGCCACGAUGGAGAGCGACACGGGCAACGACGUGUUUGUCUCGGCACCUACAUCACCAGAGCCGGACCUACCACCGCCCUCCCCGUCCCCCGCCCGCGGCUCCGUACGGACAACCUCACCGCCCCGUCGGGCCAUGGCAGCCGUUCUGCAGCAGCCUUCGGCCGUGUCGAGCAAGAGAUUAGACCUCAACUCGAUGACGAGCGCCAUCGUUGCCGGGUCCCUGGCAGCUCGCCUAUCGCCCUCCGACACGGGGUCAUCGCAGCCGCCCUCCCCGCCGCCGCGCACCAGGACCCCGCACCUGCGCCAGACGCUGCGCGGCCCAACAUCCGCCACGGCAGCAGACGACGAUGAUGAUGGUCACCAUCACCACCAUCACCACAAGCGGUCCAUCCUCCGGAGCAACAAGCACGCCCACCACGAGGGAUCCCGCAGCAGAUGGCGCGACGAGAUACGACCCCGCCAGCGAAAACGCUACGAGGCUGUCUGGGCGUCGAACCGCGGCGCCCUGCUCCUCCCGUCGCUCGUCAGGGGCGGCGCGUACAGCUACGACGAGUACGUGGCGAACGUGGUGGUGCGGGACAUCUGGCGACGGUGCAGGCUGCCCGAGGACGAGCUCGCGGAGGUGUGGAACCUCGUCGACCACGAGGGUAAGGGGGCUCUGGGACGGGCUGAGUUCAUCGUGGGCAUGUGGCUGAUCGAUCAGAGACUACGUGGCCGCAAGAUUCCCACAAAGGUGUCGGAGAGCGUGUGGGCUAGUGCGGGCAAUGGGCUCAGGGUCAAGGGACCGCGGAUCAAGUGA